AUGUCGUACGAUGUCGCAUCCGACGCUGCGUCCGUCGCAUGGACGGGCCUCGGAUCAACUUCCGCCACUCACACUCCUUCCGCAACCCCCUCCGCACUCUCCGCCUCCGCCGUCUCCCCCGUUUCCGCCGCCGCUCUCCCUGCGUCAGCACAGCAGCAGCAGCAGCAGCAGCGUCCCGCCACCCCCCACCGGCUCACGUGGAGCGAUCAAGUGAUUGCGCUUGAAGGGGAGGCGGGGGGGGAACAAAACGCGGAGAGCGGAGGCGCGGGGGCCGCAGACGGCGAGCGCGGGGCUGGCAUCAGGGGAGGCGGUAUGGGAGGCGGAACCGGGGGAAAGACGGCAGUGUGGGGGCUGUCGAAGCAGGACGCGCUGAGGGCGAUUCUGGGGGAACACGGCGCGGAGGCGUUCGGAAUGGGGGGAGGAGCAGGGGGAAAGAACGAAGGGCGUGAUAGCGGUAAGGCGGACAACGAGGUGGUGAUUUCCGAUGGCGCGGGCGGCAUGGGCGCAGCAGAAGGCGGGAAAGGGGGGGACUGGCGGGGAAACGGUAGUGGUCGCGGGCUGGUCGACAGGCGCAAUGACGUGGACGAUGAUGACGUGGACAGCGAGGACGAUGACACGGACGACGACGAGGAGGGGGGCGGCAAGGGUCGGCGGCGGCGGCGGCGGGGAGGGGGUGGGGGGCGGCAUGGCGGCUUCCGGUCGCACGGCAUGUGGUCGGAGCGCCUGCACUCCGACGGGGACGACUCGUUCGACGACGCGGAUGAUGACAAUAGCAGCGGCAGCGGCGGCGGCGGAGGGCGGGGCGGGGGCGGCGGGGGCAUGUCCGGGGGAGGCGCGCGGCAGCGCGACAGGGUGUGGCCGCUGCAGCUGCACAUGCGCGAGUCGUCGUUGCUGGCGCAACUGAUCCUCGUGCUGCUGCUCGGCGCGCUGCUGUUCGGCGUGGGUGUGGCGACGAACGCGGUGUUCUGGAUGGGCGCGUCCGUGCCCGCGCCCAUCUGGUUCCCCGCCGGCUUCGCGCUCUUCGCCGUCACGGCGGCGGGACAUCGCGUGUUCGUGGGCAACUUCCUCGGCUAUCUCGCGUUCGCGUUUUAUUUCCGCCUCGUGCGCCUCUCCAUGCCCGCCUCCGCCGCCUCCGCCACCGGCGCGCUGCUCGACGCGCUCUGCGCCACGCUCGGCACGCACGCGCUCGCGCUCAUCCUCGCGCGCAUCUUCCGCGCGCACCGCCGCCACCGCACGCCCCUAGACUGCACCCCCAACGUCUUCCGCUUCUGCUCGCUCGUCCUCCUCGUCCCCCUCCUCUUCCAAGGCCUCCAAACGCUCCUCUCCGCGCUCGCGCAAGCGGAUCCCCCGCCGCCCCCGGACAGCCGUGUGCAGUCCUGGCUGUUCCGCGCCGUCGCGGACGGAAUCGGCGUGCUCGUCGUCGUUCCGCUAUUCGUCCAGAUCUCCGUGACCUCCGCGGGGAGAGGGUCCGACACGUGGCAGCGAAACCAGUGGGAGCAGCAGCGCAUGCAGCAGCAGCAGGUGCGGUGGUGGCUGCCGUGGUGCCUCCCGCCCUGCGUGGACUAUUUGAUCCAGUCGUGGCGCAUGAUCGCGUUUGUCGCGCUGAACGCGGGCGUGUGCGCGGUGCUCUUCGGGGGUUUCGCGCCAGAGUCGUUCACUGUGUCGCUUAUGUACACGCUGUUCCCCGGGAUCGCGUGGGCGGCGUUCCAGUACAAUCGGCGCGGAGUGAACCUCGUCGCGCUGCUGCUCGCGCUUCUGGGGGGAGUCACCGCCGCGCAUGGGCGCGGGCCGCUGGCGCGCGCGGAUGCCGUGGCCACCAUGGUGCAGGUGCAACUGUUCGCAGCAGUGGAGGCCAUGGCAGCGCUGGCCCUAGCAGCAGCAGUGCGGGACACGAAGCGGCUGCGCAGGGAGCUGCGGCUGCUGAACGCGUCGCUGGAGGAGGAGGUGGUGCGGCGCACGCAGGAGAUCCGGCGGUACAACGAGCAGCUGCAGAUGAGCCAACAGCACGCCGAAGAGGCCAGCCGCGCCAAGACGGAAUUCCUGGCCAACAUGAGCCACGAGAUCCGCACGCCCAUCCACGGCAUCAUUGGCAUGACAGCACUCGCUCUCGACGCCCUCGAGUCCAUCCACUCCUCCCCCACCACCGCAUGGGGCACCGACCAGCACAACCAGCAGCAGCUAUUACAGGACCAGCUUCACGAGCAGCAGGGGCAGGGGCAGGGGGAGGUGGUGGCGGAGGUGAGGGAGCAUCUGAUGAUCGUGGCGCAGUCUGCGGAGUGUCUGCUGGGCAUCGCCAACACGGUUCUGGACCUGGCAAGGAUCGAGGCGGGGCAGCUGGAGCUGCUCAAAGUGCCGUUUGCCAUCCGGGAUGUGGUGGUUAGCACCAUGAAGAUGCUGCAGGUGCGAGCGGUGCAGAAGCAGCUGGACUUCUCAUGGGAGGUGGACGAGGACGUGCCCGUGGAGCUGCUGGGCGAUGCUGCGCGCCUGCAGCAGAUCAUCAUCAACCUCGUUGGCAAUGCCAUAAAGUUCACGUCAGCGGGCUCUGUGUCGCUCACCAUCCGCCUCUUUGCUCGCCCGCGCCGCCAGAAGGCCUACACCACGUGCUUUGCCCCGCGCCCCCAGCGCCACGCCACGCUCUCCUUUGCUGCCCCGAGCUUCGCCGUUGGUAGGGGAGGUGGCGGCGUGGGUGCUGCUGCUGCUGCUGCUGCCGCUGCUGGUUCUGGUGGUGGAGUUUCCAGUGCAGCGGCGGGAGCAGACGGGACUGGGGCUGAUGGGGCAGCAGCAGGGGGAGCUGCUGCUGCUGCAGAUGAUGCGGGUGGGGGGGCAGGUGGGGGGGAGCCUCAGCGUCAGCUCAACUUGAUGGCGCAGAGAGGGGGCCGAGGGGGCGCUGCUGGGGCUCUGGAUGCGAGUGCUGGGGGAGGUGCACGGGGAGGGGGAGGGGGAGCGGGAGCGGGAGGGGCAGGGGGAGAAGGAUCACGGCUGAGAGAAGCGGGGAGAGGCGGUGCUGGGGAUGCGGAAGCAGGGGCUUGUGGAGAGGAUGGUGGGGAUUUGGAGCAGGGAGGAGGAGGGGGAGGAAGAGGAGGAGGGGGAGGAGGAGGAGGAGGUGGUGGUGGUGGUGGUGAGAUUCGACCCACGCGCAUGGCCUCUACCUCUGACUCUGUCUCUGCCUCUGCCUCUUCCUCCCUUCGAUGGGCCAUACCCAUGUCUCUUUUCGGCCGGGACGACAAGCACGGGGGCAGUGAGAGGGGCCUGGGAAGAGAGGGCGAGGAAGGAGAGAGAGGAGGAGGAGAGGAAGGGGGAGAAGGGAGAAGAGGGGGAGGGUUAGGGGGCAGGGGAGCCAGUAGUUUCACUGCUGGCUCUGGUGGUGCUGGUGCUGCUGCUGCGGCGGCGGCGGCAGUGGGAGGUGGGAGUGUGGGUGCAGGAGGAGUGGCAGCAGGAGCAGGAGCGGCAGCAGCAGGAGGAGCAGGAGCAGGAGCAGGAGGUAAGAGGUUGGGCAGAGCAGGUGGAGGGUCAGCAGGGCCUAUUAGCUUCGCUUCCUGGUGGCCUCUUGUCACCUCAACUUCCGCUUCUUCUGCUUCUGUUGCUGCCGGCACUGCCUCCACUAGCGGUGCUGGUGGUGCAGCAGCAAGCGGGCAGAGCAGUGGAUUGGAUAUAGAGAUGGGAAUGGGCUCGGAUCAGCAGCAGCAGCAGCAGCAACAGCAGCAACAGGCACAACUACCCACCCCGUUUGCCCGCAGCAGCAGCUCCAACGCGCUAGACACAUGGGGCGCGUCCUCCUCCUCCCUCGCCUUCCCUUCCCCGCCCGCAACCUCCUCCUCUGCAUCCUCCACCUUCCUCCCCUCCCAACCCCUCCUCCCAUCAGGCACCUCUUCCUCCUCUCCUCGCUUCCUCCCUCUCUCUUCCACCAUGACUGCUGGUCCUGGUCCUGGUCCUCUCCCUUCGCACUACUCUCCCUCGCCUGCUGCCUCUGCUGCUUCUGCUGCUGCUGGGGGUUCGGUUGGGACUGGUGCGGGGGUUGGAAGCAGUGGGGGUAGGUUUGGGGAAGGGGGCAAGGGUGCGGCUGGGGACUGGGGAAAGGAGCGAGGGGGCCGGAGGGGUGGGGGGAAGGGAGGAAUGGCGGGGUUGUUGCGUAGUAGCGGUGGCAGUGGCAGUGUGGCGGGAUUGCUGUUAAAGGAGGAGGAGCGGCAGAGGCGGAAGGUGAGGAGGAGCGCGAUGAGCGAUGGGGGAGAGCUGUUAAGUAUCGCUGCUGAUGAGAUCAGCCAAGAGGAGAUGACGGGGACGGGAGGAGCGGGGGGUAUGGGGAAGGUGGGGAGCGUGGGGAGUGGAGCAGCAGCGGCAGGGGGAGGCGCCGGUGGGUUGGUGAGAGCAGCAGCAGGAGGGGCGGCGGCAGGAGCUGGGGCGAGUGGGGAGGGAGACGGGGAGAGGGGAGGCGGGGAGGGGGGAGGAGGGAAAGGGGGAGGAAGGGGAAGUGGUGGGGCAACAGCAGGGGGAGGAGGGGGAGGUACGUGGCUGUCAGGUGCUAAGGGAAUGUGGAGUGGGGAGGCACAGGAGGGAGAGGAGGAGCAGCAGCAGGGGGAGGAGGAGCAGGAGGAGGAGGAGGAGCAGGAGCAAGCGGAGGAGGGGGAGGAGGAGGGCGUAGGCAUCAGCUCAGACCAGCAGGAGAAGAUAUUCGAGAACUUUGUGCAAGCAGACACGUCGCACACGCGCGUGUACGGAGGGAUAGGGCUGGGGUUAAGUAUAGUGCGCAGCAUGGUGCAUAUGAUGGGGGGGAAGGUGUGGGUGGAAAGCGAGCUAGGGACAGGCUCGUCUUUCUUCUUUACUGCUCGCUUCGCCAAGCCCAAACGCCAGCCUGUGAGGAACGAGGGAGGAGGGGGAGGUGUCGGGUGGGCGAGGGGGGACGGGUCUCCUUUGCAGCAGCAGCUGCGGCAGCUGGGUAUCACUGCUGGUGGUAUGGGAGUAGGUACUAAUGCUGCCGGUGCUGCUGGGUUUGGUGCUUUCCUACCUGCCCCUGCUUCGGCGGCUCUGUCGAAGCCUGUCGCCGCGCCUGUCCCCGCACCUGCUGCCAAGCCUGUCGCCAAGCCUGUGCCGAGGGUAGGGUCGGACAAGCAGCGGCUGUCAGCAGCGGCAGCAGCGCUGCAGGACGUGGCAGCACCGCUGCUGCUGGAGGCACAGCAGGGACUCGCAACAGGCGCCAUGGCAGCUGGCGCUGCUGCUGCUGCUGGUGGCGGCGCUCCUGCUAGCGCUGGCGCUAGUGCUGCUGCUGGUGCGGGUGGUGGUGGUGUUGGUGGUGAUAUUGACGGUGGUGGUGGCGGUGGUGGUGGCGGUGGUUUCGGCAGUGAGAUGCUUCGAGAGGCUCCUCUUCCGCCUCCUGCUCGCACCACCAGCCUGCCCUUCGCCACCAGUGGCCCAAGUGACACAGCUGCCGCCACUGCUGCCGCCUUCCCCGCCUCUGCUACCAGUCCCGGCACUGUUGCUGCGUGGACGCACUCCCCCGUUCUCCUCAUGCCUACCUCUCUCCCGUCCACUGGUGAUACUGCUGCUCGUGCUCUUGUAGGGGCAUCCGGAGGAGGAUCAGAAGGAGGAGCAGCAGCGGCGGCGGCGGGAGCAGGAGCAGUGGGAGUGAAAGGAAGUGGAUCAUCCUUGGCGUACCCUGUAUCUCCCGUGCGCCGCUUCCCCUCCCUCCAACCAGACUCUGCCUUCCAAGCAACCCCAGCAGCUACCACUUCUAUCCCUGCCCCUGCCCCUGCCGCUCCUCCUCUUGCUGCUGUCAACCCCGCUUCUCCAGCCUUCAUUCCCUCCUCCCAUCCCCUCGCUCCUGCCUCAACCGCUUCUGCAGCAGGCACGACUACCUUUGCGCCUCCUGCUGCUGUUGCAUCACCAGAUGGCUUCUUACUCCCUCUCAGCGCCCCUCUCACUGUCUCCAGCUUCCCCAGAGAUGGCUCACGCGCUCAUCCCACUCAUGUUGCCACCUCAGCUGCUGCUGUAGCUGCUGCUGCUGGGAGUACAGGCACGGGUACUGGGAUGGGACCAGGGAUGGGUACAGGUGGCUCUCCUCUGUUGGUGGCUGGUGGUGCUGAUGCUUCCACACAGAAAAUGCUUGAGCAGUCAGCAGCAGCAGCAGCAGCAGCAGCUGCAGCACCCUCACCAUCAGCAGCAGCAGCGGCAGGUGCGAGGCAGCAUUUCAAUCGCUCUGCAUCGCACCGUUCCUUCUCGUUUGCAGGGGAGCAGCCGUGGCAACCCCAGAUGAUGCAAGUGAACAUCGUCUCGCAGUUCUACCAGUUCCCACCUCGCUUCUUCGAGUCACCUUCCUCCUCUCCAACUCGCCUCCGUCCCUCCUCUUCCGCCUCCUCGCUCCACUCCCCUGGCGCCUCCGCUGCUGCACAGUCUGCUGCUGCUGGCACUGACUCAGCAGCAGCAGCAGCAGCAGCAGCAGCAGCAGCAGCAGCAGCAGCAGCAGCUUCAUCACAGAACCGUCAGCAGCAGCAGCAGCAGCAGCAGCAGCAGCAGCAGCAGCAGCAGCAGCAGCAGCAGCAGCAUCAGCCGUUCUUGGCGCAUCUGCUCUCCAGUCGACGCCGGGGCCUGGAACCACAGCGAUCAGACCCUUCUGUCCUCGCAGCACACCUCGCCUCUCUCGAGCCUUUCACUUCCCCCCGCCUCCUCCCCCUCCCUGGCAACUCCGCUUCCUUAUCCCCCGCAAUGCCACCAUCUGGCCCCCCUGCUUCUUCUCCUGCUGCUGCGUCUGCUGCUGCUGCUGCUGCGUCUGCUGCUGCUGCUGCUGCGUCUGCUGCUGCUGCUGUUGCGUCUGCUGCUGUUGCGUCUGCUGCUGUUGCGUCUGCUGCUGGUGCCUCCGGGUCUGGUGCCCCUCGGGCUGGUGCUGGUUGGUGGAAGGCUCAGGUGCAGGGAGCCCGAGGAGGGGGCGGCGAGGGGCCGCCGUUGGCAGGGGUGCGGAUACUGGUAGCAGAGGACAACCCAGUGAACCAGAAGGUGGUGUCCAUUGCGCUGAGGAAGCAGGGCGCACAGGUGGAUAUCGUGGAGAACGGCCAGCUGGCUGUUGAUGCUGUCAAGGCGAGGCGCGACACCAUCGACCUCAUUCUCAUGGAUAUUCAGAUGCCACGGCGGCAGCAGCACAUGCCGAUUGUGGGGCUGACAGCACAUAACAUGGCUGGGUAUGGAGACCUGUGCACAGAGGCAGGCAUGGAUGCAUACGCCACUAAGCCGUUCAAAACGCCGGCGCUCGUGGCGCUUAUACUCGAGACUAUCAAGCAGCCGAAAGGGCUGCUGGCCGCGAAAGGAGCCCCCCCUCCCCUUCCUGGGUACCCAGCAGCGGGUGGAGGUGCGGGUGGUGGCAAUGGGGGAGGUGGGGGAGGUGGGAGAAAGGUGGAAGGAAGCCGGAGUAGCAAUGCUGUGGUAGGAGGUGGUGGGGUUGGUGGUGGUGGGGGUGGUGGUGGCGGUGGUGCGUCUACAAGGAACACUAGGAGUGAGGGAAGCACCAGCUUCACAGCUGCUCAUUCUGCUUCUGCUGCUGCUGCUGGUAGUGGUGGCACUGCUGCCAGUGGCAGUUACACAGUGGCAACCCCCCCCAGCGCCUCUGCUGGUCUCCUCAGUAGUGGGAGCAGCAGUUUCAAUGUGGGAGGGAAGGAUGGGAGGAGGAAGAGCAAGGAUGGGAAUGGUGGUGAUGUGAAUGAAAGUGGUGGAAAGACAAGAGGAAAACACCGGAGCUUCCUACUCUGA